AUGACUGAUCUCGAUGGUGUUUGGUGUUUUCUAUCUGGAUCUAAUGCACCGCCGUCCCACGGGCCCCCGUAUCCAACCAUGUAUCACCCUCCCCAGCGGGGGCCAUCCCCGACGAAAAGAAGCCUGCAGCGGAGCGUCACGGAAAAAUCUCUCUGCCACGAGCCCAGCGCCCAAUCGCAGAAGGCCAAAGAGGCCAAGCUGGCUGUCGGCGUGCGAAUGAUCCUGGAGUCUCUAGGCGAAGACGUCGAGCGGGAAGGACUCCUCCAAACGCCGGAACGCUAUGCGCGCGCUAUGCUGUUCUUCACCAAGGGGUACUCGGACAACAUCGGCGAGAAGAUCAACGAUGCUGUCUUUGACGUUGCGCACAAUGAUAUCGUCAUCGUCCGGGACAUUGACCUGUUCAGUAUGUGUGAGCACCAUCUGGUGCCUUUUAUGGGCAAGAUUCACAUCGGCUAUCUUCCCAAUGGCCGCGUCCUUGGCUUGUCGAAGCUGGCUCGCAUCGCCGAGGUGUUUGCGCGUCGUCUGCAGAUCCAGGAACGUCUGACGCAGGAGGUCGCCCGCGCCAUCGACGAUAUCUUGCACCCGCAAGGCGUGAUUGUUAUUGCCGAGGCUACGCACAUGUGUAUGGUGAUGAGAGGCAUUCAGAAGACCGGUGCGGUUACCACCACGGUGCACAGUACGGGGGUGUUCAUGACGGACCAGAGAAUGGAGGACCGCUUUCACACUCUGUUGAACCCCAGACGGUUUUCUUAA